CAAACGUGGGUAGUGGGGAGGAAUAGAAAAAAGAAGAAGAGGGCCGUAGCAACACUUUCUCGGUCAUCUCUAUUUUAAAACAAACGCCACCGCAUCUUUACUCAUUCAACAUCUCCUCCGCCGCCGCGAACCCAACCCGAUUUGCCUGAACAGAGAAAAUUAUUAACAAAAAAAGAAUGGCUUCCUUGACCACUAUUUCGUCCUCUAAGUCGUUGUCGUCUUCGUCUUCACUCUUCGCCCGUUGCUCUCUUGGCCAUAAAAGCGUUCGUUACACUGAGUCUCGCCCUGGUACCUGCGGUUCCAACACCUUCAAAUGUGACAUGGCUCAACCAGUGAAUAUUGGAAACGGGAAGCCGAUGAUUCCAGUCCUUAAUGAAAGGACGCUGCCCAAGUUCUUGGAAUCUGCUCGAAUGGAGACAACUGUUAACAGAAAGGGUGCCAAGAUCAAAUUGUUCUCCGGGACUGCCAAUCCUGCACUUUCUCAGGAAAUUGCAUGGUACAUGGGCCUGGAGCUGGGGAAGAUCAACAUUAAGCGAUUUGCUGAUGGGGAAAUUUAUGUUCAGCUGCAAGAGAGUGUUAGAGGUUGUGAUGUAUAUUUAGUGCAACCAACAUGCCCUCCUGCAAAUGAGAAUCUCAUGGAGCUUCUCAUAAUGGUAGAUGCUUGCCGGAGAGCAUCGGCAAAAAAUAUUACUGUGGUGAUUCCUUAUUUUGGUUAUGCCAGAGCUGAUAGAAAGACACAAGGGCGAGAAUCCAUAGCAGCCAAACUUGUUGCAAAUCUUAUCACUGAAUCUGGUGCAAAUCGUGUUCUUUCUUGUGACCUUCAUUCUGGGCAGUCCAUGGGCUACUUCGAUAUUCCAGUGGAUCAUGUCCAAGGCCAGCCUGUGAUUCUUGAUUAUCUUGCCAGCAAGAGAAUUUGUUCUGAUGACUUGGUGGUGGUUUCACCUGAUGUUGGAGGAGUAGCAAGAGCACGUGCAUUUGCAAAAAAACUGUCCGAUGCACCUUUAGCCAUUGUGGAUAAAAGGCGUCACGGACACAAUGUUGCAGAGGUAAUGAACCUUAUUGGUGAUGUAAAGGGGAAAGUUGCAGUUAUGGUGGAUGAUAUGAUUGACACAGCUGGAACGAUUGCAAAGGGGGCAGAGCUGCUACACCAAGAGGGGGCGAGGGAAGUUUAUGCAUGCUGUACUCAUGCAGUUUUCAGCCCCCCUGCAAUCGAGAGGCUAUCAAGUGGCAUUUUCCAGGAAGUGGUCAUUACGAAUACACUUCCAGUGGCAGAGAAGAACUACUUCCCUCAGCUGACAGUUCUAUCCGUGGCUAAUCUGUUGGGUGAAACGAUAUGGCGUGUUCACGAUGAUUGUUCCGUGAGUAGUAUUUUUCAGUGAGAAAUGGGAUAGGAAAUAUGUUUUAUCCUUCAAACUUUAGCGUUUGCAGCCUAACGAUUGCCUUGUCUCCAGUGUUAAAAAACUGGAUACGGACCACAUGCAGGAAUAGGUUUUAGACUCAAAUCUGACAAUAGUCUUUUCUUAGUUUUUCUUCCUCAUUAAUUCAACAACUUAGCAUUCUUAUAAUUUUUCCAAUAACCCGGCAAUUGUUGGUUUUAGAUUGUAUUCAUAUACAAGCAAAACAUCUUCAAUGGUAUGCCGUUGAGCGAGCCUUUUUUCA